CUAUAUCUGCUAUUGUUUCAGUUUCCUUAACUCUUGCGUCAACCCAGUAGCUCUGUACUGCGUGAGUGGAGUCUUUAGACAGCAUUUCAACCGCUACUUAUGCUGCAGACGUGGAAUCCUUCAUGCAACUUGCAGUUCCAGACUGUCCAGAAGCGCCAUUUGCGAAACCUCGUUCCGCAGUACGCAUAGACAUCGGUGUAACAGGAACCCAACAGAGAGCGUGGUGAUAUCAAAUUACGACCACGGCAGCACUAAAAAGAAGAGUAAUAUCAUAUCUCGUAACAGCGCGGAUGGAGUCACUAUAAUGUCUGUUAGAGAUACUAACGAGUUCUUGUCAGCAGAUGGUGAUGAAAAGUGCAAAGUUUACCAAGAAUUUUGAGAGUCAAGGCUUUGAGACAAGUGUUUUCGUUUUCGAUUGUUUUCUUAAUUCGAGAUUAUUCCAAAAACUUCGUAAACAUUCGAAAAAAAUGUGACUAGUAAGAUAUACGAUAUAUUAA